AUGGCGACUUACAUACGAUGGUUGGUCGUGCUGACAGGGCUGUUUCGGGUCGGCGAAGGCAAUGAAUUCACGUUUUAUGGUGAGCCGACUGACGUGGUGUUCUAUGUCGAUGUACCCUUGAAUUAUAGUAGGUAAGGGAGGUUUAUGGAAUAUUUUGUGGUGAGGCGGGGUAAUGUUGGCAAAGGAAGGAAGGAAGGGGGGGGGGCAGGGGUUGCUUAUAAAUAAAUUAAAAAACUUACUAUUAAUACUGUAAGUACUUUUGACUUUGCAUAACAAUAGGUCAUUUCUAAUACAAUUUGAAACAAAAAAGUGCUUUAUAACCUUUAAUCCUCCUUAUUGAUGACUUUUGACAACAACAAAUUAAAGUUCUUUUUUGCUAAAAACAGAAAUAAAAUAGAAUAUACAAUUUUUCAGUACUAGUACUAACUCAAAUUUUGAGUAAUAGUACUAGCUCAUGUUUAAAGUGGUAUUACUAGCACAAAUUUUGAGUACUAAUACUAAUUUAGGUGUAAAGUACUAAUAAAUACUCAAGUUUUGAGUACUAGUACUAACUAUAGUUUUGAGUACUAGCACUCACUCAUGUGUUGAGUACGUUAAAAAAUUUAAAAAACUGUUAUAAAAUUGCCAUUUUUCAGUGUAUACGGAAAGCUAGAGCCAAGCGACAGUGAUUGGUUUAUAUUGUUUCAAGUGGACCAUGGGUUAAUUCCAUCGACGUUCGUUGGCAUAAACGAAGAUAUUCAAGCUGGUGGAGAGUUUUCUCAAUGUGCAAGGUAUUCUGCUAUUAGGGAAAUCAAGCUUACUGUAAGUUUUUUAAUUUUUAAGUGAACGUUUGGCAAGUUAUAGGGUAAGGUAAUGCAGUUUCUGGUAAAAUAAAGUAGAGCAUAUCAAGGCAGGGUAGCUUAAUAAAAUAAAAAAUUGCAUUUUUAAAAUUUAUAAAAGAAGUCAUUUAAACGCAAAAACAAGUUUUGUAAAAUACUUCGUUGAAAUUGUUAAAAAUUGUUUUAACAGAGUUACUUUAGAAAUACUCUACCACAACAUAAUUUAAUUCAGGCGGAACUUCAUCCUUGGUUUGUUCGAAUUAAAUCGAAAAAUGUAGAGCGAUACGAACAUCCGGACAAAGUAGAAUUGGGCCGAAGCUUUAGUGUUACUUUCUACGUUCAAGACGAGGAGGAUGGGCCGUUAUGCAGUCUGCCGUUUCAAUUAAAAGUGCUUGGUAAGGAAAACAGCUUUUUGAGGAAAUUAGUUUUUAGCGGUUAAAAAGUUUUGGCAAUUCCCUUUCUUCAAUCAAUUUUUAACCAUGCGAGAAAAUAUCGUAUUUUACAAAUUACAGGAGGUCCAGUAACUGCCGUAACCCAGAACCCAAUCUCAGUAAAAUCCUCAACAUUCCGGAGCAGUUCGAGACGAACGAUCGCUUAUAAUGCACCAGCUGUGUCGACAAAACGUUACCAAAGUAAUCUACGGUUUGCGACAUUUAAGAUGCAAAAGCCGAAAACGACGACAGAAGCUUCUGCUCAGAAGCAGACAAGUUAUAUUGACAUUCAGAACGAUCGGCAGGUCUACGAAAUGGUACAGAGAUCAAAGUGGGUUUUUUUGAAUUUUUGGUUUUAAUAAAAACUAGGGUAGGGCAGAGUAGGACAGAGAGGGAUAGAAUAGAAAAAGUUUGCUUAAGAUGGGGGUAGAGCAAGGUAGGGUAGAAUAAAGUAAAGUAAGGGGGAGUAAAGUGAGCAAGAUAUGUGGGGUAGUGUAUAGUAGGUUAAAGCAAAGCAAGCAAAAUUAAAAAAUAUCAUUGAUAUCAUGGUAAAAUUUUACUUUCAGAACAAAAGAGAUUAAUUCAGUAUGGUCGAUAACAUUUUUACUAUUUUUAUGGUUAGAAGUUGGUAUUAUUGGCUCAUUCGUGGUGUUCGGCUUGGUAAUGUUGGUGGUAUUACAAAUUAAACCAAACGGUUAUAAUGAAAAGUUUAUUGCUUUAACCGACUGA